CGGCGCCGACGGGGCCGCCGGGCGGAGGUACGGACUCCGGGCUUGGACUACUGGCCGAGGGUUUGGCGGCGCGGCGGCUGCAGGCAGCGAGGCCGGGCGGUCGGGUCGUGGCGCCCUCGCCCGUCCGCCAGGCCGGCCAUGCAGGGCCCCGCCGGGAACGCGAGCCGCGGACUGCCGGGCGGGCCGCCGUCCACCGUCGCGUCCGGGGCGGGCCGCUGCGAGAGCGGCGCGCUCAUGCAGGGUUUCGGCAUCUUCCUGCAGGGGCUGCUCGGCGUCGUGGCCUUCAGCACGUUGAUGCUCAAACGCUUCAGAGAACCAAAGCAUGAAAGACGUCCAUGGAAGAUAUGGUUUUUAGACACUUCCAAACAAGCCAUAGGAAUGCUGUUCAUCCACUUUGCAAAUGUAUACCUAGCAGAUCUCACUGAAGAGGAUCCUUGUUCACUGUACCUCAUCAACUUCCUCCUGGACGCCACCGUGGGCAUGCUGCUGAUCUACGUGGGCGUGCGUGCCAUCAGCAUCUUAGUGGAGUGGCAGCAGUGGGAGUCCCUGCGUUUUGGCGAAUAUGGAGACCCUCUGCAAUGUGGAGCCUGGGCUGGGCAGUGUGCUCUGUACAUCGUGAUCAUGAUUUUUGAAAAGUCUGUCGUCUUCCUCGUCCUCCUGAUACUUCAGUGGAAAAAGGUGGCCCUGUUGAAUCCCAUUGAAAACCCAGACCUGAAACUGGCCAUCGUCAUGCUGAUCGUCCCCUUCUUUGUCAAUGCUUUGAUGUUUUGGGUAGUGGACAAUUUCCUCAUGAGAAAAGGGAGGACGAAAGCUAAACUAGAAGAAAGGGCAGCCAACCAGGAUUUGAGGAACGGGAGCAAGGUCCGCUACCGAAGGGCUGCAUCCCACGAGGAGUCGGAGUCUGAGAUCCUGAUCUCGGCCGAUGACGAGAUGGAGGAGUCAGACGUGGAGGAGGACCUCCGUGGACUGACCCCCCUGAAGCCGGCAAAGAAAAAGAAGCACCGCUUCGGGCUGCCCGUAUGACACAUUCCCGUGCCGGGGGUGAGGUUUGGGGGCCCAGCCGGCUGCUGAGUCAGCAGAUGGUCGCUGCACAGCGUCAUUCCUUCCCUCCUCUCUCUGCCCCUCCUCUUCUACCUCCGCUUCUCUCGCUGUCUCUGCCCACUCCCAGACUACUGUGACUUGAGAGCGGGAAGGUGAGCCAGCGCCGAGGGGACCGUGGCAGUCGGAGGUCCCACUCAGUUGCACUACAAACACUGACCAAAUAUGCAAGCGAGGCGUUCUGUUUGUUUGUUCUUGUCCGGAGUGGUGGUGUGAGGGACCCAGAAGCCCUGUCCUGUGUUGGGCUGGGUGGCAUUGAGGAAGAAAACUCACGCACACGGACUGUGGGUGGAGCCUUUCCCCAAGGCUCAGGAAAUGUGAAGACAUAACACGUUUUGGGCUAAAAGUCACUCAUUGACCAAGUUGGAAUCAUGCUUUCUUACUCGAAAUGGCUUUUGUAACUAUUGAUUUCUAAAGCCGGUUUUACGAGCUGUCACAGUGUUACCGUUUUUUGAUUAUGUGUUUAUUUCCUAUGGGACUAAUGGGCAAAACAUAGAUUUUUAAGUCUUCCGUAUGCUGUUGACUUUUAUAUUUUUAAGUUAUAUUUUCAUACUAUUGUAUUUAAAAACUCUUUUUAAU